AUCAUAAAUACUAAUACUACUAAUAAAAUACGUUUGGCCGUUAUUGUGUUCUCGUGAGAUAACGUAAAACAAAAACUUGUUGUUGUUGUAGUUUCCGGGGGAACGCUUACAGUGAAACACCAAACCCGAACACUGAAUCAAAUAAGACAUUCCUUUUGUGUUGUCGGUGUAUUUUAAAUGAUAAUACGUUCUUCUGAGUAUUUUUUUCUACAUUUUAUCCACCCUAAAUGAGUUCUAAAGGAGACAGCGAUGACGACGGCUCCAAAAAACGGAAUGUUGCCUAUGUUUUUAGCCAGGAAUAUAUUGAAACUUGCGAUUCUUUGUCCAAAGUGCCAAACCGGGCGAGUAUGGUCCACUCACUGAUUGAAGCCUAUGGACUCCUCAAACAUAUGAGCAUUGUGAAACCUCAAAUGGCCUCUAUAGAGGACAUGGCCAAGUUCCACACAGAUUCCUACCUGGAGCAUCUUCACAAGAUCAGCCAAGAUGGAGACAAUGAUGACCCACAGUCAGCUGACUAUGGCCUGGGUUACGACUGUCCAGUGGUGGAGGGCAUAUUUGACUAUGCCGCAGCAGUCGGGGGCGCUACACUCACAGCCGCCCAGUGCCUGCUGGACCAGACGAGCGACGUAGCCAUCAACUGGGCAGGAGGGUGGCACCACGCAAAGAAGGACGAGGCAUCGGGAUUCUGCUACGUGAACGAUGUCGUGUUGGGGAUUCUCAAGCUGCGGGAGAAAUAUGAGCGUGUCCUUUAUGUGGAUGUGGACCUGCAUCACGGAGAUGGUGUGGAGGAUGCCUUCAGCUUUACUUCCAAAGUCAUGACGGUAUCCCUGCAUAAGUUCUCCCCAGGAUUCUUUCCAGGUACAGGGGACGUCACAGACACAGGAUUGGGUAAGGGCCGCUGGUACGCCGUCAACGUCCCGCUGGAGGACGGCAUCCAGGACAACAGAUACUACCAAGUUUUCACCAGUGUGAUGUCGGAGGUGCAUGCCCAAUUCAACCCGGAGGCGGUGGUGAUGCAGCUGGGAGCCGACACCAUGGCGGGCGACCCUAUGUGCUCUUUUAACAUGACCCCGGUGGGCGUGGCCAAAUGCCUGCAGUAUGUUCUGCAGUGGCGCCUGCCAAUGCUGCUGCUGGGAGGAGGGGGAUACAACCUUGCCAAUACGGCUCGCUGCUGGACAUACCUGACAGCAUCAGUUCUGGGAAAGACCCUCGCCUCAGAUAUUCCAGACCAUGAGUUUUUCACAGAGUAUGUGCCAGACUACUCCCUAGAGAUCAGCCCGAGCUGUCGACCUGACCGCAACGACACCAAACACCUGGAUCAGGUCAUCAGGACCAUUAAAGGGAAUCUAAAGAAUGUGGUUUAGGAGAAGUCCACACAGAGUAAUGAAGACAAUAUGGAGCAGAGGCCUUCAGCCCCGUGCAGCAUGGAGAGUGAAGAGUUUUGGAAAAGAUUAGCGGUUUCCAGGGGAAGAAUUUUAAAAGGAGGGGGGGUGAGGUUGUGAUGUGGUUGCUGUAAAAUGUUUGCUGUUUGGAUGUGUUUCAGGGUGAAUGCAGUUUGUACAAUUAAAGUAGUAAAUACAUGUCUUUGAGUAUUUACAGGUAUAUUUACUUGGUUAGUAUUUUUUCCUUUGUUUUGCUUAAAUGUCCCAUAUUAUAGUAUUUUUAACCAAUUUUAAAUGUCACAGGUUCCACAAUAGUGAAUUGGAAAUGUUGUCCAAAAUCUAGACUUUAGACAGAUGUCCACUUUUCACCAGGGCUGUCAAUCAAUUUAAUCAUUUUUCAUAUUAAUUAAUGAUCAUUAAUCACUAUUUGCUACAGUGUGUGAAAAAUAUGACCUUUUUAUUGUAUUUUAUUAAAGGGAACCUAUUUUACUUGUAGUUAGAAUGUUGUAUUCUCGUGUUAAUUGAUGCAAGAGUUUCAGGUUUGAAAGGUUGGAAGAAGUUUGGGAUGGCUCAAAACGCUCAGUUUCAAAAGGCGUGGUAAAACUGCUCCUUUGUGAUGUCACAGAGGAGCGGACUUCCUCAAACUUACAGCUUUUGUGUCUUUUCCAACUGAUGGAUCAUUGACAUAGCUUUAUUUUAAGAUGUGUAACAAAACUUUUUUACAAAUUGGUGGGCUCCUCAUGUCCAUGAGGAACUUCUGAAAUCCGUAAUGCCAAAUGUCUGUGGCCCCAAAAAUACACAAAGCACUAAAUCACUUGUUUCAAAGUUCAUACAUGUUACAAGAUGUCUGCAGCUGUUUAAGCAGCGACUGGUACCAACUUUCAUGGGCAAGUCUUUGAAAGCGGAACCAUCGUGUUGAUCUGCUUCCUUUAGAAGGUGACCCCCCCUUAUAUGAACAGCCUGGAAAUACAAACUGGAGCUGGCAUGUGCCGAGCAGCAGUGGCUCUUGUGCGUUACGGUGUGUGGGUGUUUCAGGAUCUUUAGCAUCUCAGCUCUGCAAAUGAAACUCAUUAUACAGUUUACGAGGCAGGGGAAAGGGGAGACCAUUGAAAUCCUAUCCGGUAAACUUGGGAGGAUGUUGUGGGUCAGUACGGUACCGUGCAUGUAAACAUGAUUGACAGAUGUGUGUGUCUCAUUUUCUUUCUCCACUCUGUCUUAUCACCAAAAUAAAGUCAGAGGAGAUUCUUGGCAAACACUGCAGUAGAAUUGAAAGAAUCAUGGCUGUCAGCACCUUUUAGUAUGUACCUCUGCAUGUGCUUGAAAAUGUUGCUACUUGGCUGUUUGUCAUGUGGGUCUCACUUGUCUUACUAUUGUUUACAAUGAACUCAUCAGCACUAUUACUGCUGACUGAGCAGUUUGCUUCUUACCAGUAGAGAUGUAUUUAUUUAGAAUCUAGAAUUUAGAAUAGGGCGGCACGGCGGUUUAGUGGUUAGCACGCAGACCUCACAGCUAGGAGACCAGUGUUCAAUUCCACCCUCGGCCAUCUCUGUGUGGAGUUUGCAUGUUCUCCCCGUGCAUGCGUGGGUUUUCUCCGGGUACUCCGGUUUCCUCCCACAUUCCAAAAACAUGCUAGGUUAAUUGGCGACUCCAAAUUGUCCAUAGGUAUGAAUGUGAGUGUGAAUGGUUGUUUGUCUAUAUGUGCCCUGUGAUUGGCUGGCGACCAGUCCAGGAUGUACCCUGCCUCACGCUCGAAGACAGCUGGGAUAGGCUCCAGCACCCCCCACGACCCUCGUGAGGAAAAGCGGUAGAAAAUGAAUGAAUGAAUGAAUUUAGAAUCUAUUUUUGAGCAUGAAACGCUGGUAUCGAAAGUAUCGAUAUUUCAGUAUCGAUGCACACAUCAGAGUUACCAGUCUCCAAUUAUUACCUGCUUCAUAUGACUGGUGUUAUUCCUCUCCAUGUGUUUUCUAUACCGCUUAUCCUCACUAGGGUCGCAGGUAUGCUGGAGUUAUUAUUAUGGCUUUGGGCGAGAGGCGGGGAACACCCUGAACUGGUCACCAGCCAAUAGCAGGGAGUCGCCAAUUAACCUUGCAUGUUUUUGGAAUAUGGGAGGAAACCGUACUACCCGGAAAAAAACCCAUGCAAACGCUACACAGAGAUGUCCAAGCGGAGAAUCGAACCCGAUCUCCUGUGCGGCCUACAUGCCUUUUUUUAAUACCCCAUUACAUUUUUGGAAACAUCUGCCUCAUUCUAACUAACUUGUGUACAGCGGCAGACCUUCCAUCUUUGACGUUUGGUUUCUGUUCUGUUCCAGCAUGAAGGAAAAUAUUACUUCCACUUGACACUUUCCGUUGCAUACUCAGAUAUGAUGAGUCAGAUAUGAUAGAUCAGAUAGUGUGUGGCUUUUUUUUACAAAACACUUUUCCAACGAGCUGUAUGCAAAUGAGAUACUGCUUUGAAUCUACUUUUACUGUCUGUCUGAUGUUUGAUUUGUACACCUGAGACUAUGAGCUCAAUGUUUGUUCACUCAAAUAAAUACACAAGCCUCGGACGGUCAGUCAGUACAGCAAGGUAACAAUACCUGCACUAAUGUAAUGUUACUAAGGCGCUAACUUUACUAGCUCGGGGCACCUCACUCCAUGCAAUGUUUACAUGUUGGUUCUCCAUCUUCACCCAUUUACAUAAAUGUGUCUCCAAGCUUGCGGUAUACAUUUUUGUCCCACGGCGCUUUUUGUAAACAUGUCCCAUAAGUGGUUUGUUACAUUAGCAUAACGUUUCCAGCCCCGAGGGGAUAAAGGGUGGGGCCCCUUUGCCCUGAUCAACAUAUCAAGUGGUUGAGGGGACGGAUGUGCACAAUAAAGACAGAUGUCGGCUUUUAUCUACGUAACGGAAGAGAGCCAGUGCAUGUGUGUGGGCACUCGAAUGUGUCAUGACUUUGUCCACCUGCCCUAGUACAAAGUAUACAUAUAGUGAUAUAGUAUAUAUGGUGUCACCAUAAUGAUUUACGCUGUACAUUGUUCAUAUUUGAUGUAAUCUAUUUA